AUGGACACCCACGGAAACGGAUUCGGCUACGGAGGCUCAUACUCCAAUAAUAAUAAUAAUACCUUUCAAGGCCAUGCUGGACACGGCCCCAGCGACUACGGAGCAUCAUCAAGCGGAACAAGGAAGACAUACACACCAACAACCUCUACAAGCUCCAUCUUUAUGCCAUCACUAAAGCGAUGCGUCAAUACCUUAGACCUGUCAACACAGCUGUUGAAAUCAUCUGUAUCAAUGCUGGACGAGGCGACAAGUGGAUACCCAAGACUCAAGACUAUCGCCUCCCACAAUAAGAAAUAUGAACUGGUCUCGGAACAGGACAUUGCCCUAGCACAGGAAGAGGUGACCAAGGAGAUCUCACCUCAGCUGACCUUUCUUUCAGAAAAAGUCGCCAACAUCAUUUUUGCCCUCGAGGCUAAAGAGUACGAGCUCAUGGAUCUUGUCAAUGUCGAGAAGGAAAAAGAACAACGUCGACUUCAACUUCAGAAGGCCGCCUCCUCGGGACUCUCUAACAUCAAGAAGCUGAAAUCUCUGACGAAGCGGAAAGAAGAAUUGAGCCGUAGUGCGUCGGAACUGGACGAUGUAUUGGAUCAGAAGCGACAGCAGUUCAGUCAGCUGUUGAAGAGAGCAAGUAGCGGAGGAUCAACGACGUUACCGGCAAAGAAGCACCGAAGGAGCCCAACCCAUGAAUCGCGCGAGUUGACAAAAGUAGAAGAGGAGCGGAAAAAGGAGAUUGCACGCAGGAACAGAGAGUUGCAAGCGAUUCAACAAAAAAUCGAGGACAAGCAAAAGGCAGUACGAGAACUCAAAGCAAAGUCAGAGAGCCGAGAUGGCGAUAAUUCUGCAGGACAGGACGCUUUCACUCCCACUGUGCCGUGGAACUUGUACUUGCCACAUAGAGAGUUCCUGGAGAGAUUUGACGCUGAUAUUCUUGUGGAUGAGCGUGACAAGGAAGCAUACAGUGAUGCCUUCAUGCGCCUGUCGGAGGCAUACCUGAGGGAACUGGAACCGCAACAAGCCAUGGUUGACAUUGAGCAAAACAAGUUGACGCGCGAAAAGUCAAGGAAGCUGUGGCAGAUGCGGAAUCUUUGCAAGCAGCUCUUCCCAGAAGACAGCAUUGGGAUCACCAUGGUCCGGGUUCUCGAGAUGUUGGUGGAAAGCCCGGACAGUGAGCUUGCAUACAAGAGUGAACGUGUCCAGGCUGAGUUCCCUCCGGAGGAGGAGCGUAGACAUAACCUAGGACGCGUAAUUACUAUCUUAAAGGAUCUUGGCGUUGUUGAGCUGGCAGUAGAGACCAGGGUCCCUGAGGGCCAGGAGUCACAGGACAACGGUGGUCAGGAACCGGAAGAGCAGCUCAUUCAUUACCUCGUUACUGCACCCAUUCACUUCGACAGUCGACCAAACAACCACCCCUUCCUCAUCACCAGCAACCUAUCAGCAGGAAUAACAAUGGUCUCCAAGAAGCAAAAGUCUGAAGACUCCACCUCCACAGCAGGAGGUCUGGACCAAAUCUCCAACUUUUUCAUCCUCCCCCUCCAUAUGCCUUCUCUCACCACCACCCAAAAAACCUCCGCCUACAAAAACAUCCUCCACUACCUCUAUUUCAAGAAACACGAGUCCCCCAAAGAAGACCCCAAGACCCCCAAGGACCGGACACUUUUUGUCCUUAACGUCCCCGCAGAUGCCACAGAAUCCCACCUCCGGGACCUCUUCAAGCCCUGUGGUCGGGUUGUCUCUGUCCAGUUCCUUGACCGGGUGAGGGAUUCCAACUUGACAAAGGAAGAGAGGGAGCAGCAGGAGGAGUUGGAGAGGCUUGAGAGGGAGGCUGCGUUGGUUGAGGCACAGUCAACAGCAGGGACGAAAGCAGGAAAGAAGGGUGGAAAGAAGCAGGCUGCAGCAGCAGUGGUACAGGAGGAGGAGCACAGGAGGUUAUAUGCGACGGGAUCACAGGCGUAUGUCGUGUUCUUGGAGGAGCAGGAGUUGAACAAGGCGUUGGUUAUGAAGAGGAAAAAGCGUUCUUGGAUCAACUCUGGAGCUGAUGCCUCCCCUGCCGAUCUUGCCAAACUCACCGGACUCGGCGUUUCAAAAUGGCUGAACGAAUAUCACACAAGGAGACCCGAGGCAUCGGAGUUGCAGCUGAAGGUGGACGACUACAUGGACAAGUUUGAGCGGUCAGAAUACGAAACCCGACAGGCCGCAUUGGCACGACACAACGUCAUGGACGAUGAUGGUUUUACUUUGGUUACUCGUACCGGAUCUAAGGGCCAGAACUCGGACGGUGUUAUUACGAUUUCUGCGGCCAAGGCUGAGGAUGUUAAGAACUUGAAGCCCAAGAAGAAGGAGCUCCAGGACUUUUAUCGCUUCCAGAUGCGUGAAGCCAAGCGCGACAAAUUGGUUGAUCUUCGUCGCAAGUUUGAGGAGGACAAGCUUAGGAUCGAGGCUCUCAAGGUUAACAGACGCUUCAAGCCUUACUAA